AUGGGCGACGACGAGUUUGAGUUUGGCAGUGCCAAGCCAAUGCUCCCAGCAGACCAGAUUGCGAGCUUGAUUUCGAAUGCCUUUUCAACUUGCGAUCGAGCUCAUCCAGAGCGCCUGCUGCUCUUCCACUGCUACCUCACGGCACUGCCACCAAUCCCAAGACACAUUAUUCCACGCGUGGUCGAGCUGGAUGUGCGACGAAACUACAUGACAUCGCUGGACCUGUCGUCCGCCGGGGCAGAAAGUGAUGCAACCGAAAGCCAGAGCGCGUCAGUGCCAGUUGCACCUCAGUUCACGUUUGAGUGGACCAAGCUGGCCAAGCUGUCGCUUGGUGCAAACGAUUUGACUGAAAUGCCAGUGUUGAGUGCGGCACCAAACUUGCGCGAGCUCGUCAUGAACCACAACCGGUUGAAAGCCAUCACAAAUCUCGAGCAUGUUCCGAAUCUUGAGCUUCUCGACCUGCGUUCAAACAAACUGGAGGUUGUCAGUGGGUUGUUGGCUGUGCCUCGGCUUCAACGGUUGUGUCUAUCCUGCAACCAUAUCGCCCGGAUAGACUAUGAAUCCGUUCCUCCACUGUGCGACCUUCAAUUCUUCUCCUUGUUUGGCAACUACAUUCCCACUCUGGCUGAGAUUCUUCCUCUACUACGACCAAUGGCCAAGCUGCAAAAGCUCUUGAUUGGCGGGAAUCCGUUUCUGACAUCUGCGGCGGAGGUGCCGCCUCCAGAGAUUGCGCGAGAGGUGCUCGAGAUUGUGCCAACGUUGCAGUGGCUCAAUUGGGCCCAUGUUCCGUCGUACUUUGCAGCAUUGAAUGCCCAAUCGACCUUUAUUCACACGGAAAGCACGGCGAUGGCGACGAAUUGA